UCGCCACGAAGGUGGCGUAACCCCUCGACUGAUCCCGCUGAAAUUCUUUCGGUGAGAGAUGAAAAAUACGAGCCGAGACGUGGAUCAGAGCGAGGACUCAAUUCCUUCUUUCUUUUAGCGGCGGUGUCUGAGGCUGCACGAUUAGAUAAGACCUCGGUUCAUAGUGCGUUCGAGAUUCAGAGCGCAUAAGAGUCCAAGAGGCUCGAGGACCGGCCUCAGUUAAAGCUGUGUGUGCAUACCGGCGAAUUCGUUCGGCGAAUCGCGAACAAGUUCCCCAGCCGCUGUAACGGCGACGAGCGUUUCGACGCGAGUGUUUCGCAACGUUACGCGCGACCCGCGCAAUACGUUUGCCGUCCAAGCGCCUCGCGAAUCGCGAUCGCUGUUGGAUUCACGAGGCCUGACACGGUGGAAGCGAAUCAUUUCGACGACCAGCCAUGCCCGAGAUCGAGACAUGAAUCCGUGGUCCAGGAGGGAAUCGCGUGACGAGACGAGCUCGAAUUGAUCGUAACUCCGAAACCACUUCAUGAGUACGUCCGUUCAGCCGCUUACAAUUGUCUGACCGUUGGUAACGAGAGCAAAGGGACUCGACGAUGCCAGCUUGCACCAGCGAGAACAUUUCGAGACUGUGGUCCUCGAGUCCGCCGAUUUCGAGGAGCAGCAGCAUGUCGCCGCUCAUACCCGGUUCGCCACUGUCAACGUCGCCGCCGUUGGUCUCGCCGAUAUCGACGUUAAAGCGUUCGAUGUCCAACGUUUCGAACUCCUCGAACCUGUUGAACGGUUCCCCGUCGUCCAACAGCUCGGACGCCCCGACCGUGAUAUUUUCGCCGCGACGCCGGCAACAGCAACAGCAUCAGUCGCAGAGGAUACACAUGUGCUAUCAGGCCCAACCGACACAGGGACAGAAUCACAAUCGAAACGACUCGUUGCUGCUGAAGAUACUAAGCGCGUACAUCGGCGUGUUGUUCGGUAUAGUUCAAGGAAUCGUAAGCGUGAUCAGUUACGCGAUAUGGGCGCCAGCGCUCUGGGCAUCCGUAUGGGUCUACAUGCUCUGGGUAAUUUUUCAAUUGCCUCUCACCGCCCUGAAAUGGUUCAUCACCGUACUUCACACGCCCGCCUCCGAGAGGGUACGCAACAAACGAUGCGUGCUGAUCAGCGGUGGAAGCACCGUGCAAACGGUCCACCUUGCUCGAAAUUUCUACAAAGCCGGCGCCAGGGUGGUGAUAUGCGAACUGGACGGUCUGUUCGGUUUGGCAAAGUUCUCGACCGCGUGCUCCAAGUUUUACACGAUACCGAAACCCGGUCCUGGAAACGUGAUCGAGUACAUCAAAGCUUUGAGGGACAUCGUCCAAAAAGAGAAGGCUGCCUAUUACAUACCGGUCAGCUCUAGCAACGCGGCUUACUACGACGCUCUGGCGAAGACCUACUUGGAGGUAAUGGGUUGUGAGUGUUUCGUGCCCAGUGCCAGCAAGGUGGCGGCUCUGGACGAUCCCUUGGAGCUGCUGGAAAUGUGUCGCACGCUCGGGCUACCCUUGCCGUGCUAUUCGGUUCUGCGCUCGCAACAGGACGUCUCGAGGCUGUACGAGCAGAACACCUUCGCCGCUGGCAGGUAUCUGAUGCUGGCCGCUGGACCGGCCGGGAUGAGGGACAGAAACAAGAUAGUAUUGCCACCGACCCUCAGGGAGUUCCGGAAUCAACAGCACGAGAUCACCGAGAGCAAACCGUGGCUGGUGCUUCGCGAUCCGAGCGGCAAACACUACAUCACCUGCACCACGGUGAAGGAUUCGAGGAUCGUGGCCAACGUGACCUGUCUGGUGGACGAAGAGCGUGGUUUGAUCCCGGAGGAACGACCGCAAGUGACGCAGUGGCUGGACAAGUUUUCCAGAACAUUCGGCACGCGGAUCAACGGCCACAUGAGUUUCCGGCUGGCCGUGGCGGACGAUGGAAAGCUGGUACCGAUCGGAUGCCGGGUAGGUGUGAGCCUACCGUACAUCUGCCACACGGGGAUUCACCCGCGAUUGGUGUGGAAACCGUGCAGACACUUUUCCAGACAGAAUUCGGGGAUCAUGUCCACGGCAGACAGAUGCUUCCUACCGGAUACGGCGUCCAGCGCCCUGAAACGACCGACCGGGGAGACCGUGCCCCAUUUGCUGGGCACCGUGCUCGACAAACGGGAAGCUCUGUUCACCUACUGGGACCCGUUGCCCUAUUGCGCUUACUAUCAUCUUCAGCUACCGUUUAGGCGCUUGGCAGGCAUGAUCAGGGCGCAGCCGGCCCAGCACAAUCCACCGUUGGCGUUAGUGCAGUAACCGUUAGCUAACGCUUACACGAACUCUAACAGAGUCUGUUUAGGAUCGGAGUCAGAGCAACGGGCGUUUCGAUUGCUCUUUGAGACACAGUGCGGGGCAACCUUCUCGCGAGCGAAGGUACCUAGGCGUAAGUCGAAUUUGUCGAUAAGAUUUUGUACAGUGAUAGGGCUCGGAAUUACCUAAUCCAGUGAUUACGAUUCGGCGGGCGUACGGUUAAUAAUUCACGAGAUAUUUGACCAAUGUUUUGACGAUCGUUUCGACAAUUGUGCGUUGCUGGUAAACCAACCAGAGUAAAUUACUAGUAGAGUUCUCGAGAUGUAGAUGAUGCAGAUGUGACCGUCCAUGUUGAUUCGGAGAUCAAGUUUGUCCGGAGGAAUGUAUCCGAAGUCGAAAUCGAAGUCAUCUGAAACAGAAAAUGAUCGAUGAGGAAACAUCAAUUAACAGAUUAUAAUUUGCGAGUGAAUUCAAGGAUGAAACGUGAAUGGAAGUUCGUUUACGACCGAACCCGACUCUAGACUCAACUGUGUUAAUGGUGGUAGCGACAGUUGAGAAUGAAACUCUUUGAGCGUUCAAUUGUAUCGCGUAUCGUCGCGUGUAAAUAGUAGCAGCGUGGAUAAUCGGUCCAAUAAUACUAUGCGCCACGCUCGUUCGUAAUUUUUUUUAAUUCUUUCCCUUCGUUUUUCUCUCAGAGCUCGACAUUUCUUUCCCCUUUCCUCUUUUUCGUUUCCCCCGCGGCGAGCGAGUCGACUUUGAACUCCCCGCUAGAUAAAUAACGGACACACGACGACCGAUCCGCGUGCACGCGCACGCCGCAAAACGAUUAUACAUUGUACAUUUUAUAUUUAAUAUUUUUCGCGCCCCGUCGCGUCAAGCGCGGUAAAUUGUAAAUAAUUGCGACCGUGGAUUGUAAUUUGCGACAGUUGAGUAUCUCCUACGGGCGCGCGGAAGAUUAUCGUAAAAGCCGUGUGGCGUUUCCGAUUCUCGAGAACAACGCGACCUUGCAGGAUAUCUGUAUUUAUAGUAUUUUGAUAUUUUAUAAGAAGUCGGACAAUCAGGUUUGUGUAAAUACGCGUU